UUGUGCUAAGAAUGUUUGCCAAAUCAUUAUGAUUAUGAUGAAUGCCUUUUCCGUGACAGUUGAUGGAUAUUAAUGAAAGCCCUGUUUAUGUUCUUCUCAAUCCUUCAAUCAAUCAUGCACAGAAGGAUCUUCCAGUGACUAUCUAUGAAAGUGAGCUGCAUGUCAUAGAUGGGAUUCCACAGCUUAUUUUUGUUCGUUCUAGCUACACUAUUGAGACCGUAGAAGCCGAACGGAUCUCAGUUGACCAUGUUGCCCACCUUAAACCAUCUGAUGGAGGUUCUGCUGCAACUCAAUUGGCUGCUCACCUUACGGGUAUACACAGUGCCAUCAAGAUGCUUAAUAGUAGAAUCAGAGUGCUUCACCACUAUCUUCUCGCUAUGCAGAAAGGUGACAUUCCUUGUGAAAAUUCAUUGCUUAGACAAGUUUCUAGUCUAUUGAGGAGAUUACCAGCCAUUGAAUCAGAGAAAUUUCAAGAUGAUUUCUUGAUGGAAUACAACGACACAUUAUUGAUUAGUUACCUGGCCAUGUUUACCAACUGCUCGAGUACAAUGAAUGAGUUGGUUGACAAAUUCAACACUGCAUACGACAAGCAUAGUAGAAGGGGAGGACGAACCGCGUUUUUCUGAAAGCUGCUCACUAUUGUCAGUCCACCUGCUUACUUGAUAUGGAUCAUUUUGUCUGCAUAGCACAUAGGAAGUUCAGGAAUCAUAUAGCUUUAGACCUUAGAAGGCAUGGCAAAAUAGGGUUGUGAAGAGUUUUGUUUUUCCAUUUGGCAUGUUGUCUUCUUCUGUUCUGUUUUUUUUUUUAUUUUUUUAUUUUUUGUUGGGGGUUUAAAAAAUGAUUUUGAAUGGGCAUAUAUGCUGUUAACUACAGGCACUUUCAUUUUUCAAAUUGCUUAUUGUAUCAUUUUUCAUUGUAGAAAAUGCAUUGAUUGCUGGUGCUUUUUAUGCC